ACGUGGGUGGGGCCGCUUUCAGACACAGCCAGACGGCGAUGUGCGCGCUACGGCAGUCGUGAGAGUCCUGAACUGAAGUCAAACGCAGCUGCAGGAGCGGGUCUGGACGCGCGCGGGGCGCCUGCAAACGUAAGAAAGGCGCGCGCGGAGAGGGAGGGUCUCAGCACCGUAAGUGGGGGGAUUUGUUCGUGCAUCUUCCUCAGUCAGGCCUUCCAGAGUUGGUCACCAUGGCGUGGCCGUGCAUCACGCGCGCUUGCUGCAUCAACCGCUUUUGGACCGAGCUGGACAAAGGGGACAUCGCGGUGCCUUUGGUUUUCACCAAAUACUCCGACGCUGCCGAGGUGCACCACCUGCCCCACCACCCGCAGCCCAAGCAGAGGGUCGUCGGAACCAUCGCCAUAGAAACCCAGCCGCAUCCGGAGGAGCAGGAGGCGGCGAGGGCACCGCCCGCCACGGGUGCCGCAGCGGGGAGAACCGGCACCGCUACGUCCGUUAUGCGCCAAGACUUCAAGGCGUGGGGAGUGCGCCCCGAGCCCAGCUGCAAACCCCGGAACGAGUACCAACCCCCGCCAUCCCCAUUCAACAACGAAACUCAGUACCAAAAGGAUUACAAGCCAUGGCCCAUCCCGAAGAAGCACGACCACCCGUGGAUCCCCAAACCCAGCUCCACCGCCGCGCCGGAGCGGAGCAGCAAGAAGGAGCACGCGGCCGCCGAGGCCGACAGCGGCGUGGAGAAGAGCGAGAUCGAGGAGAAGAUGCAGGAGAAGGAGUCGAAGGAUGUGACGAAGAGGGAGAAGUCUGUGGAGAGGAGAGCGGCUGGCAAACCGGGGCCGCAGGAGUCUGCAAAGGCGAGCGCAGAGCUGCGGAAGAGCAGGGCAGCCGCAGACGCAGUCAACAGACAGAUCAAGGAGGUCAUGUCCACUUCCAGUUGCUACAGGACUGAGUUCAAGGCGUACAAAGACGUGAAGCCAGUGAAGGCUAUCAAAGCCACGUCUCAGUAUAAGCCGCCCAUGGAGGAGACCAGUCUGGAGACCAGCUACAGUGCCACCUACAAGGGGGAGCAGGUGAAGCCAAAGGAGUCAGAUAACAAGCUGCUGGAACGCAGGAGGAUACGCAGUCUGUACAGCGAGCCUGGAAAGGAGGCCGCCAAGGUGGAUAAACCAGAGAGUCGCCUUAAACCUAAAAAGGCACCAACAACAACAGGGAAAAUGUUAAAGAAAGCUAAAGAGAGGCAGAUUGCUAGCUCCCAGUCGACUAAGAAGAAACCUUCUGCGGGCCCAUCAGAACCCGAAGGAACCGUGACGAAGAAAAGCAAAGAGAUCAGCAAUAGACUGGCGGAAGCAAAGCAGUAGGAUGGGUUCAUCUGUAGACAGGUUAUAAAAUAGGCAAAUCUCUUGACUUUGUUUUACCUCUUUACCUGUUGUCUGUCAUGCAUAGUUCACCUUUGAUUGGUCACCAAUGUCUAGCUUUUAGAAGGAUGCAAACACUUUAAACGGCGUGUGUGGGUACAUGUGAAAGUUUUUUUGUACUUUGGUGGACAAAACAGCUUUAUGAUACUGCGCACAUAUUUUGCACAUGAUUUUUUUUUUUAUUUCACAUUAGAGUUUGGAAGGAGCCGUCAGAAUGCAUGAGUAUGAAAGCGCAUUUCUACUUUUGUCUAAAUGGAGGACGACUGAGCUUUUGGAUGAUUGUUUCAAAAAACAACAAUAUGAAAAGCGAUGCUAUUUUUUUGUUAUGGCUUGUUUUUUUCUCUGAGGCUGUAUCACACGGGGUCCUGAUGAGAGUGCAAUCUCUGUUUUAUGGUUUUUCUAAUUACAGUGCCUCUGCUGUACGGUCCUGGUUUUCACUGCAUCGUUCUGGAUGGUAUCUGGUUUCAUCAGUUUGGUUGCUAAGGAACCAAAUUAGCUAGAAUGUAAUUGCUACAGCUUGCAUGGCAGACCUUGUUUUUCAUUGAGCAGCAGCAUUUUAGCCGACUGUAUGCCACGGUCUCAUUCUAGCUUGUAAAUGAAGCCAUCAAAAGACAAAGACCUGUUCAGAUAAAUGCAUGUGUAGGAAUAGAUUUAGAUCACUCCAAAAGCUACACACAAUCAUAGUCUAGUGGCUGUUGAAGCUGUAAGGUGAAGACACCGACAAUAUGGUUUCAUUGAUGUCGCUGAUUUAAGGUGAAUAUAAUGUGGCAUCGUGCUCCAUCCUCUUUAAGAUAAGUCAUUUUAAAAAGAGGGGGAAAAAAUUAAGACACACAUUAGCCUAAACAUUUGAAAACCUGCUGUACUCACACAAUGUUUCUUCUGAACUGGAUGAUCUCUCCAGGUUUUGAAGGAUACAGGCUAAGCCAGGACUCAGCAAGGACAACUGCUGCUGCUGUGUGAAAUUGUGCGUUCCUGUUGUUAAAUGGCUACAACAGCAGCCUAGCCUUGUUGUGGUGACCUCUGCGGUCCAUAGUGUGUGAACCGUGAUCCUGGUUUAACCCUUGUGCUAUCCUAUGACCCCACCCUUACAUUGACGUGUUCUCCCUACCAUGACAAAGGUGGAUAAAGGUGGAAAGAUUUCAUGUAAUCCAUGGAAACCAGUGAAGAUCACAAAUCAUUUAAGAAAAAGGUUCACCGGACUGUCUUGUGGGGUCUAGAUGACCCAACUCCCAACGUUAAAGUGCCUAGGAUAGCACAAGGGUUAAGUUUCUGCUUCUCUUUGUGUGUCAGCGAGUGUGUGACUGUGUGUUAGCCUAUUCGUACCAACUCGAACCCAACCACUAGAAGUGCUGCUAUGCACUCCCAACACCUUGGUGCUAUCCUUCUCAUCCGAUAAUGCUGUCUGAGUUGACCUGUGUGUGGCGUCACGCCAGGAAGGAGGAUGUAACACCACUGCAGACAUGUUGUGAUUUGUGCUUGUAUUCUCAGCUUGCUUUGAAAGAACUGAUUAAAACUGAUGCAACAGA